CAGUCGCAGAACCCUUUUGAGGUUUGCAGGAAGGAAGAGAAAAGAAAUGAAAGAAUAAAGAGGGGAUGGACCCGUGUGCAGGCUGUGGGAGAGGAAGAACAUGACCUUGUCGGUUGUUCUGCAAAUGCCACUCCACACUGUCACCGCAUUAUCUCUCUUUUCGUACGAUCCCCACUCACCUGUUCCUCUCUCUCCUGCUUCUUUAUGGCCUGGAUGGCCACUAGGAAACACAAUUCCUUCCCUUAAACCAAGUCUCUCUCUCCCUCCCUCUCUCUCUCUCUCUCUCUCUCUCCUCUCUGUGGAUUCUCUCAGAUUUUAGGAUUUAACGAGGCUACUGAAUCAGCUGCUUCCUUCAAUUCCCCAAAUCUAAAGUGUCCAAGACACUCAGGGGGAAAAGGAGGAGAUUGAGUUGGAGGUUUUUCUAUGUGUUCCUUCCUUCUACUUUUGUUGCAAGACUUCGGAGCCCAAGUAGGGGAGAGGGAAGGGUUUCCAGAACAGUAAAGUGGGUUGGUUGGUGGGAUCAGCACCACACACUAUGUCAAAAUCAGCAUGGGAAAAAAGAAACUUGUGAGAACAAGUAUUACAUGGGGGGUCAGCUGGGGGAUUAGGCCUUCGAUUAGGAUAUGCUUCUCUGAUUAGAUGGAGUAUGAAUUAGGGUGGAGACCAGCACAGGAGACUCCAUGAUUUAAGACGAUAAUCAUGAUGGAGGGGAAGAAGACUAUGACCUCUAGUUUGUUUUGACAUGAUAAUUUCCAUUAAAUAAACACGUAGGAGAUUCGAAGAUCGAGGCUGUAUUUAUCAGCAGGCCUGGGCAAGAUUUGAUGGAACUGGGAGACUUAGAACAGGAAAGAGAGAUGCCGAGUUCUUUGGGGUAUACCCCUCCACAUAAAGAUUCUUCCUCCAAAUUCUCUGCUGCAAAUAGAAGAGAUCAAACCCUAGAUCAGCCAAAUCAUCUAUAUCCUCAAAACCACCACCCACCAAAUCCACACCAAUUAGCUAACAAGCCUAGAAGAGAAUAUCAAGAAACCGACCAAGAUCCAUUUGCAGUCGCGUCUCCAUCUCCAAUUGCGGUAGCUACCGGCGGCACUUCGGUCAGCAUUAAACCACACACGGAACCACCAUCGCCGCCGCAAGGGCAACUCACGCAGUCCCCCACGCCACAGCCACAGUCAGUGACGGCUCUUAUCUCCACCUCCUCCAUCCGAUAUAGAGAAUGCCUUAGGAAUCAUGCGGCGAGCAUGGGCGGCCAUAUCAUCGAUGGUUGUGGAGAAUUCAUGCCCAGCGGGGAGGAAGGGACGCCGGGGUAUUUCAGAUGUGCUGCGUGUGAGUGCCACCGCAAUUUCCAUCGGAAGGAGGUCGAUGGUGAACCGCAGUACACACCUAGUCUGUACUAUAGCAGCAACAAGACCAAUGGCCAAAGAGCUGCUUUACCUCCUCCCCAACAUCAUGCAAUUCCCCAGCCGAACCCAAUCAAUCUGCAUCACAGGUUCUCUUAUUGCAUAUCAAGCGCUGCUACCACCACCACCACGAUGGCCCUAAAUCAACCAGUGAUGAUGGCCUUCGGCGGGGGCGUCCCAGAAGAGUCUUCUAGUGAAGACCUUACUAUGAUUCAACAUAGCGAUGCUGUGCUGCGUUCAACACAGCUGGCGUCGUCUAAGAAAAGGUUUCGGACAAAGUUCACGCAGCAACAGAAAGACAAGAUGAUGGAAUGCGCCGAGAAGUUGGGGUGGAGGAUUCAGAAGCAAGAUGAGCAAGAAGUGACCCAAUUCUGCGCUGAGGCCGGUGUGACGAGAAAAGCUUUCAAAGUGUGGAUGCACAACAACAAACAAGCCAUGAAGAAGCAACAAAGGUAAAAAGAUCAAGUUACUCUUGUUCAGGAAUAAGAUUGUAAUUGUUGAAACUGUCUGUUUAUAAUUAGAGGAGAUAGAUCGGAGCAGGCAAUUUUGGCCGAUUUUCCCUCAUUUCCAAGGCUUUGUUGUAGCGUGAUCUGCCCUUUUUAGAUGCUUCUGAAUCAUCAGCAACUCAGAGCUGCUUAUUAAUUCAUGGCGACACCUGUCUGCCAUGCCUUGAAUUAUACAGAAAGAUAAUAGCUAGAGUGAAUUUUUGGGUCCUCGUGACAGAGA